AUGCUUGAUAAAAUACUCGAUCUACGCCAAAAAAUGGGCUCACAAUAUACAUUGAAUACUGAAUGGAUAAGGGCCAAUCAUCCAAUAUUUGCUUAUGAUGUUGGUCUCAUAAUGCCCAUAAGUCUCAUAAUGUUAAUUUUUCAGACAGUCUACAUGUUUUCAAACAUUAGUCCAUUUUCAUUCCUUUUAUAUAAAUUCACUACUCUGGAAAUUUCGACACCUACAACAGGCAAAUAUGCAAGGGAUCAAACUAUAAGCUUAUAUCAGUUUGUUCUUCAUAGCAGUAAAAUUACGGAUGCCUCUAUUAAUGGAAUGAGACUAAUUCUGACAGAAUUAUCGCGAAAACAUCCACAGGAAAUGGCUGCAAUAUUACCUUCAGGAUUGUCUGAAAGAGAGGCUAUUGAAAAGUGGAUAAGUAAUAUUAUUCAGGUCAAUGAGAAAUUCAGCGAGAUUAUGGGUAAUUAUGUUAAACAAAUAUUUUUGGCUGUCCAACUCUAG